GACCCUGAGGGAUGCUGCUUCGCACCGGCGUCGCGCUGCGUGGCCGAUGUUUGUUUCGGUAACUUAGAUCUGAAUGUUUCCAUCACUUUUCAAGUCUUGCGAGCGCACGUGCGGUGCAGACAAGUCGUAUCUAGACCUUAUCUCCUCCAGAUGAACGCUUGCGGAAAAGUCGCGGGUCACAGCUGGAGCGUUUUGUCCGCCGCGGGAUUGGAAGCAGGAGCAUUGGGGUUGCGCGCACAAACCUGCUGAGAUGAACACCGCCUACAUCGUCAUUGAAGUGGUCAUAGCAGUUCUCUCGAUCUCCGGCAACGUCCUGGUCUGCUGGGCUGUGGCCAUCAACACCACCCUGAAGAACGCCACCAACUACUUCCUGGUGUCACUGGCCGUAGCAGACAUCCUGGUCGGUUGCCUCGCCAUCCCCUUCGCCAUCACCAUCAGCAUUGGCAUCAAACUGGACUUCUAUGGCUGUCUGUUCCUGGCGUGCUUCGUCCUGGUGCUGACUCAAAGUUCCAUCUUCAGUUUGCUGGCCAUUGCCAUCGACAGAUACCUGGCCAUCAAGAUCCCUCUGAGGUACAAGGAGUUGAUGACUGAGAAAGCUGCGCGAGAAAUCAUCGCCAUUUUAUGGAUUUUAUCUUUCAUCAUUGGACUCAUCCCUUUCUUUGGCUGGAACAAGAAGUCCGAAGCCUGCAGCAGCAAUAGCUCAGAGAUAGCCAACAGCACUGACUCUGGUCUGACUGCUAACUACUGUAGUGGAGAACUACUGUGCAGCUGUGUGCGCCAGUGCUUCUUUGAAAGUGUAGUGGACAUGCACUACAUGGUGUACUUUAACUUCUUCGUGUGCGUGCUGCUGCCCCUGCUCAUUAUGCUGGGCAUCUACAUGAAGAUCUUCACUGUGGCCAGGAAGCAACUGAGACAGAUUGAGCUCAAGUGUGUGGGCAACGGGGACAGCCAUCACCAUGGCCUGCUACAGCGCGAGAUCCGUGCUGCCAAGUCGCUCUCCAUUAUCGUUGGCCUGUUUGCCAUUUGCUGGCUUCCUGUCCACAUCCUCAACUGCCUCACGCUGUUUUACAAACAGCUGUACAAGCCAGACCUUGUCAUGUAUGUGGCCAUCAUUCUGUCACAUGCCAACUCUGCAGUCAACCCCAUCAUCUACGCAUAUCGCAUCCAGGACUUCAGGAACACCUUCCGCAAGAUCCUGGCCCAAAAUUUAAUGUGCCAAAGAGAUGAGUGGUAUUUGAACUCCAGUGGCUGCAAGCCCAAUAAAGACCAGAUACAUAUGACUAUUGACCCUCUGCUAUAGAAUGGCACGAGUCUAAUGCUAAUCUGGAUGUCAUUCUAAUGUUUACCAUACGUGACGUUACUAUGUUUGCGUGCGUGUGUGUUUGUGUGUGUGGUCCUAUAACUAUACUUGUCGGGACCACACCUACUUGUGGGGAUCUUAUGGAUUUGUGGGUACAUUUUGUCAGUCUCAACAAAUUUAAGCCUCAAUUUGAGGAUUAAAAAUUCAAAAUAACUGGAUCAUUAUAAUUGAAUUUUCGUUUGGUUACAUCCAGGUUAAUGUUAGCCAUUUGUUUUGGGAUGGUUAGGUUUAAGGUGGAAGGCUGGGGAAAGCAUUAUGUCAAUGAAAUCUCCUCACAAAACACAUGUACAAAAACUGUGUGUGUGUGUGAACUUGUUUAGCUGUACCUGUGGGGACCUAUUCUUGGAAACACACCACCUUAUUGGGCCGUUUUGCGAUUUGUGCUGACCUUUUGCCGGACCCCACAAGUUUAAGCCUCAAUUUGAGGAUAAAAAAAAGUUGGUCACUAUAAUUGAAUUUAGAUUUAGGUCCUGGUUAAGUUUAGCCAUUUGUUUUGGAUGGUUAGGUUUAGGGUGGGAGGCUGGGGAAAGCAUAAAAGUCAAUGAAAUGUCCCCACAAAACAUAAAAAAACCACGACUGUGCGUGUGCAUGCUAGGACCUUAUGUGUAUUUAUUGACAUUAAACAGUUUGUGAGACUAGUAUCUCACUGAAUGUUUGUACAGUAUUUGAAGGACUUUUGUUGUAAGUUGACUGGAGGAAAAAGCGACCAGAACUCCAACUUUGCUAUGUCACUGUGAAAGAAAGGGCAAUUAUUUUGUUAUACUUACAUGUUUUAGGAGUUCACAGCUGUGUUAGCGAGAUGAAAUUUCACCUUAACAUAUGCCAUUUCCUUCAAAUAACCCACAAAGGACCAUGAGAGUGCUGACACACUGUGCCAUAUAAACACUUACGGACAUCAUGGAGCCACUUUUUAACCAUUGGCAAUUGUCUUAAAAGAUGAAGAGGUGUGUUUUGUAGUUGUGAGGGAGAGCAAUGCAGUAGACAAUUCUUAGCAGCCAGCUUUUCUGACACGAUCUAGAUCAGGGGUCUUCAAACAAACACGUUUAGUAUUACGGACACUCUCUCAUGUCUCUGACAUGUAAUAAAAGCUGAACCGCAUCAUCGGUAAACAGCACAUCCGUGGGGAUGGCAGAAACUGCGCAGAAGAAAAUGUGCGGCUGCGUGUGGAAGCAGCAUAAUGCCAUCCUAGAUGGGAAAUUUCAGUUGAGUGUGUUUGUUUUGUGGCAGAGAGGCGCUCUCUGAUGACAUCAUUUUACCGAACACUGUUUUCUCAAUGAUCGUAAAAUAAUAAACAAAAAUGGGCACAAAGUUGCAUUUUAUUUUUGCACAUUUUCACUUGACUCGCUAAAAAUGUAGAACCAUUCGGAUGGAAACCCUGUUAGUACUGUUAAGGUUUUUCAUUGAUCAGUGAGUUUUUCCUCUCACAUUUUUUCUCCUAUUAUUGCUGCGUACAUUUUUCUCAGUGUGGUUUUAGCAUAUGGUAGAAGUUCCCUCUUCUCUCUUACCUUUCCUGUAGCCGAGGCAGUGGUCUUUUAUAACCACAGUAGGUGUUCCCCACACCUCAACUCACCUCAACAUUUGACUGUCAGUCGAGUGCUGCUGACACCUGAUUCAUGAACAGUGUGUCUGUGCUCGAGGACUGUGUUGAAGACCCCUGAUCUAAAUUGCAGGUUUGUCAGAAAGCAUUCAAUGAAAGAGCUUUUUCAAAUACUUAUCCUGGAUAUGAACGACCCAUGAAUGUCCAUCAGAAUCUGUGAGUCCUCUAAAUCUGCUGUCACUGAGGUGAUGAUAUGAUUUUGCCAUAUACCAAAACACCAUUAAAUAACUUUUGGAAUCAAUAAAACAAAACUCUUAGGAUGUGGGUUCGCAGUUACUCUAAAUUUACUUGAAGUCUAGCAACUUCUUGCCAAGAUUACAUGUGAGCCAACUUUGUUAAUAAACUGCUUUGUUGAAGUUCUGUGGUUGAUAUUUGUGAUAAGUUGUCAGUAAUUGUUAGUAACCAAACGUGUUUGAAAUUAUCGUAAAACGUGCUCGACACAGAAGUUAAUCGGAAAAACAAAAUUCAAUAUUAGGGGCAAAAUUUGAUGUUUAAACCAGAAUGUGGAUCACCAAGCUGCUCUUAUCGCACUUUCUGCCAAAUUUGAUGGUGCUGAUGCAAUUGCUCGACCCAGAUUGGAGCCACUGGACAAUGUUGCCUUGAAUGAAACUGAACAAAGGAGACAGGGCUUAAAUGGUCAUGAUACGUACUUGGCGUAUGCAUUCCUCUGCACUGUGUGAGAGACGCAAACAACUGUAAGCCAUUCUCUUCCAUUCAUACUCACCGAUUCACCAACACAAUUUAACCCCAGAAUGAAAAUGACAGAGCACGGAGAUAGUAACACAACAGUGUUGUGCAUAGAGCAAGCCUGGAAAUCACUUGCAGGACUGCUAUGUUUAUGCCAUUGUUUUCCACUUCUCUGAAGUUGUGUAGCACUGAUGGUACACUUGCAUAGUUUACAUUAUGUUACCUGGCACUUUUCCAUUCCCUGACACACUCCAGCACUGACAGUACUCCCUACCAGUCGACACCUUGAUCAACCAGACACAACCCUGUCUGCACACUCAACUGAAACUCCUCAGAUUCAAUGCUUGUUCAGUUUGAUAUGAAUAAACUGAGGUUGGGAUGGUGUCUGAUCAAGGAAUUGUACUGCCGCUUACGGUCUUGUUAAAGAAACAACUUGAUUAAAAAUUCUUUGUUAUUGUUAUUUUGACCAAUUCUUGUUAUUUGCAUUAGUGCUUCUAAGGUGUCCGGAAACUAAAAGUAAAAAUGAGUCUUAAAUCAGGCAGCGUCCUGUUCAUAUGUUCAAAACUGAUCAAUCUUUUGAGCUUUUCCAAAUGCCUCUGGUCAAGGGGACACACGUGGCAGCACAUCGCACUGAUGUUAUUUUGAGUCCCUCUUCUCAGUUGGUCUUCUUUCUUGGAGUUUUACCUCUGUCUCCUAAAAGGCUUUGAGUACGCCAGUGUCUUUAGCACAUUAAAAUGUGUCAUAAAAUUGUAACUGUCCUGUUUGUGUAGUUAUUUUUUUAUGUCUCGCUGUAUUUUUUUUUUCCAAUGUUGUGAGUGGACUGCAAAUUCUUGGUCCACUAUUUUUCCCCUCCAUUUUCCAAGCCAAGCACUAUGUUCAGACAAGGCCUCCACAAUAUUAGAGAUCUUUCAUUCUGGACCCGUUAAGACCAUUGUCCCAUUGUUUACAGUCUGCUAACAUAGUGGCUCAAACUAGGUAGGAAGGAAAUCAUAGAUAAGAAAUUAUUGAAUUUAUUAUAUAAAUGUGUUCAGUGUUAAAAUGAUAGUCUAUGGACUUUUUGGAAUCAGAGGAACAUCUCAUCAUUGUGUGUGUUUUUGUAGUGCUGCCUUCCUUUAUCUUAAUCCCUGAAUGAAGUUUGAACUAUCAGAUUCAGCAUAAACCAUAAUUAAAUAAUAAUUUCCGCUGAUUUAAAAUGUGUUAAUGAUAUUCGACUCCCCAUAUCUGUCUUUCCCAACCAAUAAGAUCUGCAGAGUACAACGUGGAGUGAAACAAAAAACUGUAGCUCUUGUUUGUCCCAGCGGGCUUCAGUGCCCCCCUUUCUCUUGCAAAAAAACAAUGUGCUUUGGUUUCUUCUUCUCUUAUCAACGAACUGUUAUUGAAACUUGACAUAAUGUGAUAUUUGCCAAAAUGUUUUGUCAAUAAAA